GUCGCGCAAAAUAAACUGAAAUUUAAUUUUCGAAAAUUGCGAUUGCUACGCAUUUCUACUGAAGGCAAAUUUUCGAAGCGAGAUCAAAUUUGCUCCUAAGUUAAAAUGUGCGAAUCCAGUAGGGCUUCCAUUGCCCCAAACCUGUCUUCAGUGAGUACCAGCCAUGGAGAACCUUUGUCUUUCCCUACGAAGGAUCCAAAACAGUCGGAACGAAAAUGGACAGACAACUUUAAUUCUGAGCCAUUCCACAGUACACCAAAGUCACUAUCCUACCCCACCCUGCUCCCUCAGCACAGUGCAGAACCCUCCCCUUUGCGCCCUGCUACCCCGAACAAGAGUUCACCUGGUGGGGCAGGCUAUGGCAGUGCCGAUAGGAAUGGGUUGGCAGUGAAGAAGCGCAGCAGUCCAAGUUCUUUGUUCAGCCCCCAGAGAAUGCAGUCUUCCCCUGGAGCAUUCCUGCAAAGCUCCCUAUCACCAAAGAAAAGUUAUACAUCAGACCUAGAGAACACGACCAUUCAGAAGCAGCGUCAGGAACUCCAGCUACUGAUCCAUGAGCUCCAGGAUAGGGACAGGGAGCUCAAUGAGAUGGUGGCUUCUCAUCAGAGACAGCUCCUGGCUUGGGAGCAGGACAGACAAAAACUUCUGGGACUGGAGACUAAGUGUGCCAGAUAUGAAGGUGAGCUGAAGAAUCGGCGCGAGUAUAUCAAGAGCUUGAAGACAAGGUUGAAAGUCCUAGGAUCUCAAGACCAAUCUAAAGCUUGUGCUCUGGAGACCAUGCAGGAACAACUCAGGCAGCUCUCGGAUACUGCUACUGCUAUCAAGCAACGGGCCAAAGAUGCAGAGGAGGACAAUGCCAAACUAAAGACUGCAGUACAUGUCCUAUCGGAGAAAGUGAACCAUUUUGAAGCAAGGGAACAAGAGCUGACUGCUGUUGUCAGGUUAAAGAAUAAAGAUCUUAUUGACGCCUCUGCACAUAUUGCUGAACUGAGUGGAAGACUGAAGAAACUGGACUUGGUACAUAAGGAAACUAAACAAGAAAAGGAGAAGGAGAAAAAGAAUCUGGUUGAACUUAAAACACAACUUGAUGAGAGUUUCUCAGAAGUGGAACAACUCAAAUCUGAUCUGAUUGAAAGGGCAAACAGAAGCACUGAACACAAGAUUGAGAUCACCAAACUCCAGGAACAACUAAAAAAUAUGGAGGCUGAACUAGAACUCUCUGGAGAGAGAGAAAAGCGUAAGGAUCAGCUUCUGGAUCUGCAGCGCUCCAAACAGGACAGAACGGAUGCUGAGUUGACCUCACUCAGGCAGGCCUAUGAGAGACAGCAUCGGGAACUAAGUCUGUUACAACUCAACAUAGAGAGCCAAAGAGACAGGGCAGAAGAAGCCAUUUCAAAGAUAUCACUGGAAACUGACACAAUCUUUGAUUCUAAGAAGACAACUCCAACAAAGAAUGGCCUUUCUGCAGCCUCCAUCAGCCCUGUGAAUGGGGAAAGCUCCUUUGUGAGUAGCGCAGGAGAAGGGGGCGUGGCUCUUAACCACAGCAGUGUAGAUACUGUAGAGCUACUCGAAGCAACUCACUCUGAACAGCUUGGCAUGUCACCCACCAGCAAACUACACAGACUGCUGACAGAGUCCAGGCAGAUGGUAGAAAACCUGGAACAGUCUACGCUACCUCCUUUCAUAGCCAACAGUAGCCCCAGCGGGGACAAGGUGAUAUGGCCUCGGUGACAGAGAGAGAGAGAGUAUAAUUAACAGAGAAAAAUAGCGAGAGAGAGAGAUGGUUAGAAGGAGGGACAGAGAGAUAGACACAGGGAGACACACAAAAAAAGAAAUACAGAGAGAGACAAAGAGAAGAAGGAGGAGGACAAGAGGCUGAGGAAGUGAAAGCAGGAGGAGAAAAAAAUGUGUAGAGAUUGCAAGAGAAGAAAUGAGGGUUCUUGGGAGACUAAAAAGAACUGGCGAGCAUUAUAGAAUCAGUGACACAUUUUGUACAUCACUCUCAUUUCAUCUUACAAGUCAUUGCCAUGAUACAUCUUUCUUUUAUAACAAAGAAUCUUUCUUGGCGGGGAACACUUUGAUAGUACUGAUGUUGAUGGGGCAGUGAAGUCUUCUGUUGAAGACUCAACACAAGCAUCUGGAAAAAAGAACAACAAAGAAAAAGGUCAGCAUAUUUCUAUAGCAUCUCAUAGUUGUACAAGACUGCAGCAGAAGGUUGUCAACUAAAAAAAAAAUUUGUGUAAUUUAUUUGAAUUAUAUAGCUUUACAAAGUUUUAAGAGCUUUCAUAUCUUGUACCAAGCCCAAACAAAGUAUUUACAUCCUUGCUUUAAAUUUACAUUGAAUAUUAAGCUACAUGUAUACACUCAGCACAAAAAAAGAAGUAAAUACUUUUUAAUAAUUAAAAACAAAAUAAUUCAGAUAUGAAUUGAAAAUGUUCACUUUGAACUUUUUUGAAGCCUGGUCAUCAUACAUGUUACAUACUAUUGUACAAAACCAGAUUUGGCUAAAUUAAUGUACACAUUUUUUAUACCCUGAAUCAAAUUUCAGUUCAAAUUUAGCUACUUAACCUCUGCAUUAAAUAUUGUCAAAGCAUGAACUGAACCUUGGUUUUUAAUUGGGAAUUAUUUGACAUUAACCUUGAUGAGUUAUUCCUUACAGUCCUUCCAAACUUAUGCCUAUCCAAGAAUUAUUGUAUUAUCAAAGCAUUGUACCUGUCCAAUUAGGAACUUCCAGAUCUUGUCCCUGGUGUCUGGUGUAUUCAAUGAGUAGCAAAUGAACGUAGCCACUUUCUGGCAGCCUCCACUUGAAAGCUUGUCAGCUGCUUGUAACAAUAUUUUAAAAUACACUUACAAUCUUGUCAUUGAGAUCUUUGUAUUUAUCUGUUAGAUGAUCUUUGAGCAUAUGGUUGGUUACAUUAAGCAAAUUAGUAAAGAUUAACACUAAAACUUGCUUGGUUACAUUGUCAUUGUCACAUGAUUUGACCAAUUUAUCGUACGCAGCAUCUUUUUUUCUUAACAUCUGGAAAUACAUUUACAUUACCUAUCAAUCUUUGGACUUAAGCCCAUUAAUACAAUCCAUAGGCUAUUACAUUUGUCAGGAAUUCCCAACCAAGCUUCUUCCCAUCGCUCUUUCCACACAUUGCCAAUUUGACUUCACCAACUGUCACACCAAUCUCGCUUCCAUGUUGGCCCAGUUCAACCACAGUACCAACUCAGUAUUCUUUAAUGCUCUCAAACCCAUUUCAAUUUUUACACAUUUUCUUCAGCUUCCUUUUGAUAUUUCAUCAAAUUUCUCUUGUUGAAUGGAAUGCUUGGAAAGAUUCUUAUGAAAAUCACUGCCACUUCUUUCUCCCCUGAAAACAUUUUGGAACUGUGUCGAUUUCUUUCCAACUCCCAUUCGGCAAAUGAUGGGACUUUCUUUGACGAUAUGAUUUCAUUCUUCCUAGUACAUCUGUAAUGGUUGCGAUCAUCGAGUCCCACUUCAACCAGGGUAGUUGUCCUGGUUCUUCCAUGUUCUAAUGGGAUUGCAGGAUCAAUGGUAGUUAGGAUGGUACCUCCUUUAUCUACUGGCAGUGCGACACUUGGAUUAGUUGUGGUGGUUUCUUCAUCCUCUAAUGGUACUUCAUAAUAGUUAUGGUGUAUCCUUCAUCCUGAAAUGUCAUUUCAGCAUUUUCAGUAGCAGUACAAGCUCCUCCAAAUUCAGCAUCCUCGUUACUUAUGGUAGCUCCUACAGGACUGUGAAAUCUCCGCUAUUUUCAUUUUUAAGACCGAUUUCAAUUUCCGCUUUUUUCCUGUGUUCCAUUUCCAUUUUUUUUUAAGUCAAAAUUCCGCUAUUUCAUCCAAAACGGCUGUAAAACAAGGUAAAUGGAUGCGAGCAGAAUGUGUGUGUUGUGAAUAUACACGUUACGGGCCUUGUAUUUUGCCUUUGCGAAGUUUCCAAUUUUUAGUAUAUGUAACUCUAUGAAACUGCUCCGGAUCACACCGUGCACCGUUGCCAUUGGCAUAUGGGCCCGUCAAUCUGUAUGCAUUGUCAGCGGACGGAAACCGCAUACAACACAGGGAAAUCAUUGCGUGUGCACGUUGUUGGUUAUGUACACGUACAUACGAUCGAGACUCGCGAGUGAAUGAACCAGUUCACGUGUUUGGGAUGUUUACGAAGCUAGUGUUUUGAACUUUCUGACUUUGGAGUUUGGACUUUGUUAAUAUUCUUGAAUCAUUGGAAAUGCAAAGAACAUAAAGAAUGCAUAGGGUUGAAGAAAAAUUCCUCUGUUUCUUCCAAAACCAAACUGAAGCUGGAGACUUUCAAAAGAGCGCAUACAGACAUUCAAGAGCACCAUGACAAGUAACCCUACAGUGCUCCGCCGCUUCGCGGCGGAGCCCUACGCUCAACUAUUGACAUGCACCGCAAACCGUCAGUUUGGUUCGCUUAUUUUGGACAUAAUGCUUUGAAAGAUAAAAAUUUCUAGUCAUAAAUACUCACGAACUUCCUGGACAACCAGCAAACCCUGUAGAAUCCUGAUUUGAAAAUUAAUAUGAGAAAAAAAACGUGAUUAUCCAGUGCUGUCAAAAUGUUCCCAUGUUGUAGCAGCCAUCUUGGAAAG